AUGGGUCCUCUAGGUAUGUCUAUUCAGAACUUUCAAUGCUCACAAGAACCCAGACUUACAUCUUUCUUAGACGACAAGAGGCGGCCUGCCGCACUUAACCUCGGACCUACCCGAUCAGCCUCCACAGACUCUUCCUCGUCGGACUCGUCGUUGAAGCCCCCUCGAACUCCUCGCUUUGCGGAAGCCACCUCAGUUCACUCCCCCGUCGAAGGCUCUCGAUCGCCGUUCGCCGACCCUCCGGCGAGGUCAGAAGUACCACAAUCUCAACCUGGAGACAUCGGCUUCGGCUACAUCAGCAACAACGACAACCGCGAGUCUGUAGCCGUCCCCAUGACACCUAGAUCGCCACUCAAGAGCGCCAUGAGAGUGCCUGGCACCCCGGCUCGCAAGAUCGAGAACCCUCUCAGCCCGACUUUCCGGGAGGAAGAUAUACUGGAGAAGCGUGAAGCUGCAACCGACGUGGAACAAGCCCGCGAUCUGAAAAUCAAGACUCGUGUUCGCAUGGCCAAGUUCGCUCUCCGUGGCGUCAACUUCAGCUGCAGUCUAAUCAUCAUCACCAUGAUCGCUGCGACCCUCCAGAUCUUCAACGCUACGAGGAAACUUCCUGCUCAGAGUGGCCUGCCACCAUGGGCUGAAGGCACUGCCAAGUGGCCCCAAAUUCUCGUUAUUACCAUGGCCUCCAUUUCCCUCACAGUCUGCAUUGGUGUUUUCGUCGCUUACUGCCGUGGCGGACACGGGCGAGCCGAGAAAGUUGCAACCUACUACACCCUCUUCGCUAUCGGAUGGUUCAUUCUUUCCAUGAUCAUGUGGGCCGUCGCCGCUGGCAUAUUCCAAUCCAGUCGAAACAACGGAAACGGCAAGGACAUGUGGGGAUGGAGUUGCAAGGAGAACAAGCGCGCCGAGGUCUUCAGCGAGAAGGUCGACUAUGCCCUUCUCUGCCGCCUCCAGAACUGGGCCCUCAUCUGCAUGGUCAUCGAGAUCGUCAUCGAUGUCAUCUGCGUCCUCCUCUACAGCAUCGUCUUCUACCGCUACUACACGAAGCGCCGCCUCCACAAGUCCAUGGACAUGCGCGACCGCGCCCGCUCCGACCUCUACCUCGCUCAGCUCCGCUCCCAGUCCGCACCCAACACCCCCGGACUCAAGUCCCCUGGUCUCUACUCGCAGUACACCAUGUCUCCUCGCCACCCCGAGAAGACCUUUGAGAACAUGUCCCGCAUCGAGGAGGCCUCUCCCUUCACCCCGGGAACCCGUUUCGUUGAGCCAGAAUCCAGCUUCGCCAAGCCUAAGUCCACCUUCAAGCUGCAGGCUCCUCCUAUCAAGGCCCCGUCAGCGACGCCCAGAACCAACCCAACUGGUUUCACGCCCACCUCAGCCACCGGCCCUGCGCCCAACUUCCCUCCUGUGCAGCAACAGCAACAGCAGCAACAGCAGGCGCCGCAAGAGCACGCACCGAUGGCCGCUGACGAGCCCGUAUAUGAGGCCGUGCCUAUCCCCGGAGCCUACGCCGAUGCUCCGGUGAAGAGCCCACCUCCUCACCAGAACUCCUUCGGUUAUGCGAGGUGA